GUAGUUAUGGAUAUAGUCAAGAUCUCUAUUAGGAUUUACGUGAUUAUUUUGACCACAAAGGGGCUGUUAUGCCUUCGUAACGUCCACGUAGUGGUCCCAGAGGCAGUCGAACGCGGUUCCAAGGUGGAGAUGCGGUGCCUCUACGACUUGGAGAAGGAGGAGCUGUAUUCCGUGAAAUGGUACCGGGGGGACCGGGAGUUCUACAGAUAUUCGCCCCGGGACGUCCCGCCGCUCAGAAUAUUUGGCAUCCCCGGCAUUGAAGUUGAUAUAACAGAAACAGAUGGAGAACGCCUGACGAUCAUCCCAGCGUCUCCUCAAGUGGCGGAGGGCCAGUAUACUUGCGAGGUGUCGGCCGACGCGCCCUCCUUCCUCACGGCACAAGUGCACACACACAUGUACGUCGUCGAUCUGCCAAAGAAUGGUCCAUCGAUGCACGGGCUCAAGAGGCGGUACAAGCCAGGCAUGAAGCUGAAGGUGGAAUGUAUCAGCAGGGACUCCAUGCCAGCCGCCAAUCUCUCUUUCUUCAUCAACAGUGAACCGGCGCACUCACAACACGUGCUGCACAGAGUGGACGGCAAGACGCCGGGCGGACUCAUGACCGCCUACAGCACCAUCCAGUUCAUAGUCCAGAAACACCACUUCAUUCGGGGGAAAAUUAAGAUACGGUGCACGGCGAACAUGUACACCAUAUACCUUCAGAGCCUCGAGAAGAGCGCGGAAGAAGAGAGGGUGCCCACCACGCCCACCAGCCCGCCCGAAGUGCACGAGGCCAUCGUCUACUCCAUACACCGCCUGCCCGAGAGCAAUUCCGGGCCCGUUUCAUCUCCAUCCACAAUCUUCAGGAUGCUAUUAAUCGUAACUUCAUUUCUUCCGACUGUGUUUAGAUAACUCAUUAAUGUAAUUAUGUAGCUACAAUAAAUUAAUGUAAAGCAUUUUCUACGUGGUGAAGUGGAAUCGAAAACAUCUGAUUAAUGUUAGCAAUGAACAUUCCUUAUGCGGGUCAUCUUAAGUCUCUGGCAAACACGGGGCGAUACGUUAGUGGAGAUAUUUAACAGAGGCGAUCGUGUGUUCAGAAUUGUAUUUAUUAUUACAUGUAUUUUUGAAACAUUUGAACUCAAAAUUACAUUCGGCGUUGCACGAGUCAGCUACAAAUUCCUAAAAAAAUACUUUUUUCCUUCCAUGAAUUCCUUCCGGGAACUCCAUCGAGAAACGACAUCAAAAGAACGGAUUGAUUUUAUUAUCAUUUUGAUAAACGGAGUUCCACGAAGUCUUUUGAUUAAAAACCGGUAAUGGAUCACAAUUUAUGAGUAAUUGAGUUCCGUUAUUUGUUUUUUUUUUCUGCAUUAAAUGUAAAACAGUUUAAAAAUAAAUGUUUUAAGAUAA